UCCAGCUGUUGUUGCUUUGGCUUCUAGGGGAGAGACGACGGAAGGAUGGUGUGCGAAAAGUGUGAAAAGAAACUUGGUACUGUUAUCACUCCAGAUACAUGGAAAGAUGGUGCUAGGAAUACCACAGAAAGUGGUGGAAGAAAGCUAAAUGAAAAUAAAGCUUUGACUUCAAAAAAAGCCAGAUUCGAUCCAUAUGGAAAGAAUAAGUUCUCCACUUGCAGAAUUUGUAAAAGUUCUGUGCACCAACCAGGUUCUCAUUAUUGCCAGGGCUGUGCCUACAAAAAGGGCAAGACAUUCCACUCACUCCAUCAGCUCCAAGCUGGGGACCUUGUCAGCAAGCGGAAUUGGCAAGGGAAGGGUGAUUAUGGUGAGGGCUAUGCUCUGCCUGCCAGAUUGGAAAGCUCGGGCUCCACUUGGUAUGAAAUCAAAGCUGAGAUUGUCCUUGAGAUGCUUGCGUACCUGUCACUGGCACUUCCAGAGCCAGAUUCUGCACUGGAUCAGUUCCCCAGCCCCAUCUCACCCUUGCCACAUUCCGUCAUCUGCAAGCGAGAUCUAGCACAAAGAUGUCCUACAGAGGACAAAAGCUUCAAGUGGUUUUUCCCCAGCAUGGGGAAAGAUUGCACUGAACCCGUCGACGGUAAUACCUUGCAGGCUUCUUUUGACAUGGAAGAUGAUGGCCUGGAAGGAGACAAAGAAUUCUGGAAGGAGACAAAGAGAAGUCUGGAGCCCUCUGACUGGAGAGAGCCUGAUGGAUCAAAUCCAAGCUUCACACAGUCCCAAAAAGCUGUCAGGGUGCCUGGGCAGUGCGGAGCCGAUCUGGACGAUGCAUUCCAGAUGGUUCGCCUUCCUUCUUAG